AUGAUGCUGAAGGUUCUUAUAGUGGUGUGCGCUGCGGCAGCUGCUAAUGCUGGAGGGCUUCUUUCGCCCGUCGGUGUGUAUGGAGGCCUUGCAGCUUGGAACCCUUAUAGUUCGUACCCAGCACAGCCAGCGAUUUCCUCACAACAAUCAAACACAUUGAGGUCUCCGUUCAAUCUUGGCCAGGUUUCGACGUUCUCAAAGGCUGUUGACACGCCGUUCUCCAGCGUGCGUAAGUCUGAUGUAAGAAUUAGCAACCCUGGGGUAGCUAUUGCAUCAGCCUAUCAUGGAAUAGCUUCGCCUUACAUAUCGCACUAUGGCGUCGCAGCACCUUUAGCCGCUCCCGUAGCCAAAGUCGCCGGUGGGCUCCUGGGAGUGGCAUACUCAGCUGCACCAGCUGUGUCCCACAUGACCUACACCAAUGGUCUUGGCCUAGCAUACAGCUGG